UUCUUUUUUACAAGCCCCUAAGAAACAUGUCGCGCGCCCACAGCCACGACUCAAUGGGAGAUGGCAGCUGGAUCAGCUGGUUUCUGGCCAUCAAGGGCAACGAGUUCGUUUGCCGCGUGCCCACCGAUUACAUUGAGGACAAGUUCAAUCUGACUGGCCUGGAGUAUUUUAGCCAGACUUUGGACUUGGUUUUGGAUCCAGAGUUCGAUCACCAGGGCUGGGACAACGGGGUGGAUACGACCGAUGCGGAGCAGCUGUAUGGCAUGAUCCACGCCCGCUACAUACUCACUGCGCGGGGCGUGGAGGAUAUGUGUCUGAAGUACGAGAGGGGUGACUUCGGGGUGUGUCCGAGGGUCUUCUGUAAGGGGCAGAGGACCCUGCCCGUCGGCCUUUCCGACCAGUGGACUCAGUCUCACGUGAAGAUCUACUGUCCGCGCUGCCACGACAUCUAUCAGCCCAGAUCGCGUUGUGCGCUGCUGGAUGGAGCCAUGUUUGGGACCGGCUUUCCGCAUAUGUUCUUCAUGCAGCUGCCGAAUAUGAAGCCUCAACCUCCCACCGAGAAGUACGUGGCCCGUCUCUUUGGCUUCCAGCUCCAUGAGCAGGCCCUGAUGCCAAGUGAAACGCCUGAGCCGGUGCCAAUAAGUCACUUAUCCUCGACCAGCAAGUCCACGUUCUUAGAGUCAACCAAUCCCAACACUCUCCCCAUUGCCUCCCGGCACUCUCCCUUCCUCAUGCACAAAUGUUGAUCUGAAGUCUUGUUGUUGCAAUUAAACGGAUUCUGUAUCAGUGCGCUGAUAUGGCCAGGCAAGACACACCUGAUACUAUACCAAACACACAGAGCUGGCCAUAUCAGCCACUUGCCAGCUUGAAUGGGUAGCAAACUGAAGAGUCGUUGUCUUUAUUAAAGGCAAUCAUCUGGUA